AGCCAUACCGCUCCAGUUUGUCGCGUGCCGUCAACGCCAGUGGUUAAAAUGGUACCGAACGUCUUAUCAGUUACGGCCACGGCAAACUUCACCUUAAUAACACUGUCGUCAAUUUAUUAUUUAAAGUAAAAUCAGAAUGAAAAUCAAUAGCUUUUGAUAGAGUAGUGAUUAUAUUCUGUGAAUGGACCACAAAUUUACAUAGUGACGGCGUUGCAGUCAAGUACGACUGACACUGGAGUAUUUCCAGCUAACGUCUAUUAAUCGAAACGAGCGACCGGCACACUGUUUAUUAUUUUCAAUGCGAGUGAUCAUGUUCGAUAAUAGUUUAUCCAGUCGGUUUUUGCAAAGUUCGUUGUUCUUGUGGAUGCUUUCUGCAGGCAUUUCUUUUGCGGAUCGCAGUACUUCAUCGUUUGUAGAUGCUCGAAGACAGUUAUGGCGGUCAAUAGAAGCGGCGUCAAUGACCGGUGGCGAUCGUACGCAGAUGGGUCACCGUAGUCGUCAGUGGAGAGCCAAAGCAAAGCCCGGAAGAUUCGUUAAUGACCACAUGUUGGCACGAAGACAAUGGAAUUACUUGUCCUCAACGAAGAGUCCAUCAAUUGUGGGCCACUGGAAAGAAUUAGCAAAAAAACUCGAAUUAAAUACCAUGUGGCCAGGUACAGGAAGAUUUGCAAACGAGUCUUUCUUAUUAAAUACUACGGAGGACUUUGUGAGACAAGAAGGAUAUCCCGUUGAAAGACAUACGGUAAUAACAAGUGAUGGCUACAAUCUUACGUUGCAUCGUAUACCAUACAGCAAAUUUCAAGAUCCAACUAUUAAAAGGCCAGUAAUUAUUGUUCAACAUGGUAUCCUAUGCAGUUCGACGGAUUGGGUUAUCUCUGGACGUAAUGGUAGUUUGGGUUUCAUAUUAUCAGACGCUGGAUACGAUGUUUGGUUAACCAAUACAAGAGGAAAUUCUUAUUCAAGAAAUCAUUUAACUUUAAAUCCUGCUCAAGAACCUGAAAAAUUUUGGGAUUUCAGCUGGCAUGAAAUGGGAACUAUCGAUCUACCAAAUAUGAUCGAUUAUAUUUUGGAAGUAACUGGGGAACCAGAUGUCGGUUACGUUGGUCAUUCGAUGGGUACCACUAUGUUUUAUGUAAUGUGUUCGGAAAAACCAGAAUACGCAAAAAAGGUCCGAUCAAUGGCAUCUUUAGCACCAAUAGCUUUCUUGAAUCACGUCAAAAGUCCUAUCAUGGCUUUCUUAGCAUCUGUUGCAGAUCCUUUAGCGUGGCUGUGUGGUGUUUUAGGAUACUAUGAGUUUCGACCAAACGGCAAAUUAAUGUUGUUUGCUGGUAAAAGUUUUUGCGAAUCCAGUUUUGCGCCUCGGGGGAUUUGUGAUAACCUAUUGUUCCUUUUUGCUGGUUAUGAUUCUAAACGAUUAACUAACAAUGUUCUACCUGUCAUAUUAGCACAUACCCCGGCGGGAGCUUCAGCACGUCAACUCACACAUUAUGCACAACUGAUGAAACGCGAUCGGUGGUUUGGAAUGUAUAAUUAUAACAAACAAAAAAAUUUAGACAUUUAUGGGCAAGUGGAACCUUUAGCAUAUGAUCUGAACAAAGUAACCAUGCCAGUAGCAUUGUAUUACGCUUCAAAUGAUUGGAUGUCUACAGUAGAGGACGUUGAUGUUCUUGCGAACUUGUUACCUAAUCUCAAAGAAAAAAGAUUAAUGCCUUAUCCGGAAUUUAAUCACUUGGACUUUUUAUGGGCCACUGGUAUAAAAAUGAUUGUUUACGAUGAUUUAAUUAGGUUUAUGAAGAUUCAUGACCGAAAAUAUUUACAUGUUAUUGAAAACUCCGAAGAAAUAGACAAAAAUGUAGUUUCUAAUGAAAGUAAUAAAUUUGAAUUUGAGUAAUUUACAUCGAUCAAUCUACAAGAUCAUUAUCAAAUUAAUUUUAAAAUUUGCCAUUUUUUUUUUUUUAGAAUUAUUACAUUAGUUUUAUAAUGUAAUAUUUUUUAAGUAUAGAAGUUAAGUUAAUUUUUAUUUAUAUAAUGAACCUUCUUUCCUAUAUAAUCUUUAAUUGCCAAAUGUAUUUAUAUUAUGUUUUUUGUGUCAUAAUACAUUUUUCAAAACGGUUAUAGGAUUUUAAAGCGAAGAAAAUUUGUAAAAAUUUAUUCAUUAGCUUUAAUUUGUAAUCAAUUUCUAGUGUAAUUGUGUAACUGUUCAAUAUUUUCCCUGAAUAAUGGUUAUUUUGGAUUUUGUAAUUGUUAUGUAAAAAUUAUAAACAUAUUUACUGUCGUGGUGUUUUAUAAAUGAGUUUAUAUUUAGUACUUCGAAAAAAUUUGUAUUUUAUAAUUUUCAAAGGAUUUAUUGCUUAAGGUAUUAUAUUAGCAAACAAUAAUGUAAAUAUACUAUUUUAUUAAAACACUUUUUAAAGUUAAACAAAAAAAUAGAUUAUAUAAAAUGUACUAUAAGUAUGUACUA